AAAAAAAGUUGGCCGACACAAUGGGGAAAAUUAUUUUCUACGAAGACAGGAACUUCCAGGGCCGCUCCUACGAGUGCAGCAGCGAGUGCUCCGACCUGCACUCCCACUUCAGCCGCUGCAACUCCAUCCGAGUGGACAGCGGGGACUGGAUGGUCUACGAGAGGCCCAACUACACGGGCUACCAGUACUUCCUGAGGAAGGGCGACUACCCCGACUACCAGCGCUGGAUGGGCUUCAACGACUGCGUGCGCUCGUGCCGCAUGAUCCCUUCGCAGCAGCAGGGCUCCCACCGGAUGAUGAUCUACGAGCGGCCGGAGUUCGGCGGCCAGACGGCGGAGCUGACCAGCGACUGCCCCUCCCUGUACGAGCGCUUCCACUUCAGCGACGUCCACUCCUGCAGCGUGAAGGACGGCCACUGGAUCUUCUACGAGCACCCCCACUACCGGGGGCGCCAGUACCUGGUGCGCCCCGGCGAGUACCGGAGGUUCAACGAGUGGGGGAGCAUGACGCCCAGGGUGGGGUCCAUCCGGAGGAUCACCGUGUGAGAACGCU